AUGAAUGGAACAAUGAAAUUGAUGAUGGUUCAAGCAUUAUGGAGACAUGGAGAUAGAACACCUACUGAAACAUAUCAUAAUGAUCAGUUCACUGAGGCUUAUUGGAUAUUUGGAGGUGGUGGAUGGGGUCAAUUGACACCGAUUGGAAUGAGACAGCACAUGCAACUGGGUCAGAAACUGAGAGCCCGAUAUGUUAAUGGACAGCCUUAUGCAUUUUUGAAGAAACGAUACGAUCAACAGGAAAUUUUUGUGAGGUCAACCGAUAAGAAUAGAACGCUUCUUUCUGCAUUUUCAAAUAUGGUUGGAAUGUAUGGAAACUUGGACAAAGAGAAUGUAACUGAGCCAAAUAUCGACUAUCCAGAUGUUAUUGGUUGGCCAGCUGGAUUUGUUCCUAUUCCGAUUCACACUAUUCCCGAUGCAGAAGAUCAUCUUCUAUCCGUUGACAAUGCAUGUGCAUUACAAGAUACCGUUUGGAAUAUGGCAAAGACAACUGACAUUGUUUCAAGUUAUUUCAAUCGUUCCGAUGUUAAAGCUCUCAUGGGAAAUCUCACGAAUUAUUGUGGAGAGGACAUUAAUCCUGAAAAUCUUUGGAUUCUUUACAAUGCAUUAAAAAUUGAGAAACAGUAUUAUCCAGUUGAUUUUCAACGAUUCACUCCAUGGUACACUGACAGUUUGUUUGAACAAAUCGAUAUUGUGAACUCUCAAGUUCAAGAUUUUCAAAAUGGAUUAGGGUUAGAAGGAGUAAUUGUGAAUGGACUUGACAUUGGAAAAUAUCUUCGAAAAAUUCGUGGUGGAACACUUGUAAAUGAUAUAUACAAUCAUAUGAAUAGAAAAACGGAAUGCAGUUCAAGUGAUGGAAAAGAGUGCGCUUACACAAAACGAAUGAAGUUUUUCGCAUAUUCCGCUCAUGAUACCACUCUCUAUGCUCUUUUCUCGUUGCUCGGAGUUGCUCAUCUGGCUGUUCAACCACGUGGAUACCCUCUGUAUUCAGCAUGUGCUGUAUUUGAACAGUGGCAAGAAACAAAGUCUAAUGAAACGUUUUUCAAGUUGAUUUAUCAUCGUCAUGAAAAUGAUACUCUCAACUAUGUGUUGACUUCUGGAAUUCCGGGAUGCAAUGGAAAUGAUUACUGUCCACUUUCAGUUCUUAAAAACUAUUCAGAUACAUACAAACCAGAAAUGGAAAUGAACCAGUGGUGCGACUAUAAUAUUCUCUCUAGCUCAUCGUCAACGUCUUCUGCCUUCUCAUCUCUUCUGAUUCUCACUCUUUUCUAUUUAUUUGUGUCUUCUUCUAAAUAG